GGCGGCAAGAUGAGUGUUCUGCGGGCGCCCUGGCGCGUUCUACGGAAGCCUAUUCUUUUCUUGACGUUGUUCUCGGUAUGCAUCCUGACAACGUAUGCCUCCGACGUGGAGGAACAAGCAAAGCUGACAACGUGCGAGCUUAUCACGUACUUUGGCUUUCCCUGCGAGACGACUGCGGCCACCACAGACGACGGGUACAUCCUGGAUGUGGACAGGGUGGGCACGUGUGUUGGGGAGGACAGUACGACUUGUGCGAAAAACGGCACCGGUCGCAACCCCAUCAUCCUGGUGCCGGGCAUAUUGUCAGAGUCGGGUUCCUGGUUCGUGAACUACCCCUCGCAGAGUCCAGGCUUUCUUCUGGCUCAGCUUGGCUACGACCUAUGGGCGAUGAACACCCGAGAGAUAGCGUUCCGCUCUCGCCACAAGACCCUGAGCCAAGACGAUGACCGCUACUGGCAAUGGAGCUUUGAUGAAAUUGGCCGCUACGAUGUCGCUGCCGUCGUUGACCUCGUACUGAACGCCACCCGUGCAAGCAAAGUCACCCUGCUGGCAUACUCCCAAGGACUGACUGCGACCUUGAUUCUCCUUUCUACGAGGACAGAGUACAACGAGAAGAUUGACCUCGUUGUUGCCUAUGGACCUGUGGCGAAUAUAACUCACAUCGGGUUCCCUAUUCGCGAGCUGAUCGCAAUCUCGGAUCCACUUUUCCUUCUUCUGGAUCCUCGUGGAGACAGCGGUUAUUUGUACCUACCCGAAGCCCCAAGGGCCCUGGUUGAGCUCGUAUGUGGCGUCCUUCAAGGGCAACCAUGCAGCCUGCUUCUAGCAAUUACGCUAUUGAGCAGUCCUGAACAGCUGAACGAGACGAGAAUACCUGUAGUGCUGUCACAUUAUGCCAUUGGGACUUCGUAUCAAAAUCUACGACACUUCGUGCAGAUCAAUCGAGAAAAAGACUUUCUUAUGUAUAAUUAUGGUGCCUCCAAGAACAAAGAUCGCUAUGGACAGGAAGAUCCUCCUGCUUACGACGUGGACCAAAUUACAGUUCCGUUAGCACUGUUCUCGUCAGAGGGAGACACGGUCGCCAAUCCGACAGAUGUGUCUCUUCUCACUGAAAGGCUGGGUCCGAGGUUACUUUUCAACCACGUGGUGCCACCCAAGGACUUUCGUCACCUAGACUACCUGGUGAGCUACCAAGCAACAGAUUUCCUCCACAAGAUUAUGAUUGACACAAUCGAAAAGUACGCCGGCACGAUAGCUUAACCAGUGCAAUGACGACCCAGCAGAACUGCAGAAAGAAGUCAAUUCGAAGUUGACUAAAUAAACUCCAAAUAAAUGUAACAAUACUUAGAGCAACAUUCCUAUGAGGCUUCAGUGUUGAAGAAAAA